AUGAGACGAAGUAUUAAUUUCGAGAAGGUCCUUGAAUUCACCCCGAAAAAUUCACCUUAUCGUAUUUCAAAAAACGUUACUGUCCACGCUGAACAAAUUCUCAAAAUACAUGCUGGAACAGAUAUUACUUUUUCUCAAAAUACUGGCAUCAUUGCGCACGGUGUUUUGCAAAUCGCUGGUACCAAAUAUGACCCUGUUAUAUUGCAUGAAAUGAAUGGUACUUGGAAUGGCUUAUGCAUUACAUUUGCUAAUGCAGAUGUAGCGGAACAAUCACGCCUAACUUACUUAAGCGUUUCUGGAAGCAAGUUUGGGAUUCGUAUCGAAUCAUCCCUAUUACCACAGAUAGAAAACAUUAUUAGUAAUAAUAAUGAUAACGGACUUACAAUCUUGGCCUACAAUGACAAUAAUAAUUUUAGUGACAAAAUAAUCAAUCAUACAUUGAAAAAAGUCACGGCUAUAAAUAAUCGUGAAAACGGUGUAUCAGUAAAAAUUACGAAACAAGAAUCGGGUCAUUUUGUCCUAGAAGAGAUAGUCUCAGAGUCAAAUCAAAUAAAUGGUCUUUUGCUAGAAGGAACCCUUCAUGUCACUGUUAUAUCAAGUCAAUUUUUUUCUAACAACGAAAAUGGCAUCUCAACAUACUUAGCAAAUGGGUCAACAUUAGAAGUGUAUGAUUCUUUUUUUGGCUCUAAUGGUCAGCAUGGUUUACAAAUACAGAACGGACAACAAGUUCAAGUUAAAUGCUUUUCCACCACUUUCAAGGCUCACAAUUCUGGGGAAGCUAUUUUGGUUAAAAAUAUUAGUGGUGCUAAUUUCCUAUUAGGCGAUUGCCGUUGGCGGAGUAAUAAUGGUGGGAUUGUUUUUCGAGAUGUUACUGAUAGCAAUUUGCAUUUGUUGAAUGGAAAUUGGAUGUGGAAUCGAGGAGCAUCCAUAAUUGCUGAUAAAAUCAAAGGAAAAACGAAUAUUUUGAUUGAAAAUAACAAAUUUCGACAAAAUGUGUUCCACUCUAAUACUACACUUAAUUCGGUUAUCGAAUUAGGAAUGAAUGAAAAUGACAAAGAUGCUCGCAUUCAAAUAAAUGAUAAUCGGUUUUUACGGAACGCUAUGGAAAUCAUUUUAUUAAUCGGUCGAACUGAACCAAGAAACACGCCAACAAAUGCUGAAAUUAUUAUUGCAAAAAAUUCAUUUCUGGAAAAUUUGGCUUUGAAUGCAGUAUAUCUGGCGGCAAAUUAUGUCAACAUUUCCUAUAAUACUUUUCAUAAUUCUAAGGCUCGUUGUGAACUACAUUCUGGACUAAAACUAUCAAUAGGGACAUCCAUCAAUGCCAUCAAUAAUUACUGGGGCACAGCUAAUCAAGGAGAAGUCAUUUUUCAGUUCUAA